AUGGAAACCCCUUUUCUGCUCGGAAUGAAAAGUUACAGAACCUCAAUUCUUGUGGUACUAAGUCUGGUAAUAAUUCUCAAUGGGCAGAGCACUUUCGCGGCACGAGCUAGCGCCGAGAGCAAGGUUCAUAUUGUUUAUUUGGGUGAGACGCAGCAUGAUGAUCCAGAGUUUGUCACAGAAUAUCAUCAUCAGAUGUUGUGGUCUCUUCUUGGAAGUAAAGAGGAUGCCCAUGAUUCAAUGGUGUACAGUUACCGACAUGGCUUCUCAGGUUUCGCGGCCAAGCUUACCAAGUCCCAAGCCAAAAAAUUAGCGGAUUUACCUGAAGUUGUUCAUGUCAUACCGAAUAGUUUCUACAAGCUGGCAACAACUCGGACUUGGGACUACUUAGGCCUUUCUGCCGCCAAUCCAAAGAAUCUUCUAAAUGAAACUAAUAUGGGUGAACAAAUGAUCAUCGGCAUUAUUGAUACAGGAGUAUGGCCUGAAUCUGAAGUAUUUAACGACAAUGGGAUUGGGCCUGUGCCUAGCCACUGGAAAGGAGGCUGUGAAUCAGGAGAGAGAUUCAAUUCUUCUCACUGCAAUAAAAAGCUCAUCGGAGCAAAGUAUUUCAUCGAUGCUUUUCUCGCAGAGUACGAAAGCUUCAACUCCACAGAAUCACUUGACUUCAUUUCCCCUAGAGACUUUGAUGGUCAUGGCACGCAUGUUGCCACCAUUGCGGGCGGUUCGUACGUGCCCAACAUAAGCUACAAGGGGUUAGCCGGAGGGACUGUGAGAGGUGGGGCACCACAUGCCCGUAUAGCAAUGUACAAGGCUUGUUGGUAUCUGGAUGAUGAAGACUUAACGACUUGUGCUUCCGCUGACAUCUUGAAAGCAAUGGACGAAGCUAUGCAUGAUGGUGUUGAUGUUCUGUCUGUCUCUCUAGGAUCUAGAGUCCCUAUGUACCCAGAAACUGAUGUUCGCGCUGGAAUAGCUACUGGGGCAUUUCAUGCAGUCUUAAAGGGUAUCACAGUUGUUUGUUCAGGUGGUAACUCUGGCCCAGAAGCUCAGACCGUUACAAACACAGCUCCAUGGAUCGUGACAGUUGCUGCAACUACUCUAGAUCGGUCCUUUGCCACGCCUGUUACACUUGGGAACAAUAAAGCGAUAUUGGGUCAAGCAUUGUACACAGGUCCAGAACUUGGCUUCUCUAGCUUGGUUUACCCUGAGAAUCCAGGGAAUAGCAACGAAAGUUUUUCUGGUACCUGUGAGUUUCUUUCCCUCAAUUCUAACAGUACAAUGGCCGGGAAAGUCGUGUUAUGUUUCACUACAUCACCUUACAGUGGUUCUGUGUCGAGGGCUGCACGUUAUGUGAAGAGAGCAGGUGGUCUUGGCGUAAUCAUUGCGAAACACCCAGGCUACGCACUCCGGCCAUGUCUAGAUGAUUUCCCUUGUGUUUCUAUUGACUACGAGCUUGGGACCGAUAUACUUAUGUACAUACGUUCCAGUGGAGCGCCUGUUGUGAAAAUACAACCUUCUAGAACACUCAUCGGACAACCAGUUGGUACAAAGGUGGCAACUUUCUCAUCAAGGGGACCUAAUUCGAUUGCAGCUGCGAUCCUGAAACCAGAUAUAGCAGCACCAGGAGUGAGCAUAUUGGCGGCUACAACCACCAAUACCACUUUCAACGACCGAGGAUUCAUUAUGCUGUCAGGAACAUCAAUGGCGGCUCCUGCCAUUUCAGGAGUUGUUGCUCUUCUCAAAGCUCUGCACCGUGAUUGGUCUCCUGCUGCCAUUAGAUCAGCCAUUGUCACUACAGCUUGGAGAACAGAUCCAUUUGGAGAGCAGAUUUUUGCAGAAGGGUCACCCCGGAAGCUAGCUGAUCCGUUCGACUAUGGUGGAGGCCUUGUGAAUCCAGAGAAAGCGGCAAAACCAGGUCUUGUAUACGACUUGGGCCUCGAAGACUAUGUUCUAUACAUGUGCUCUGUUGGUUACAACGACUCAUCAAUCUCUCCGCUUGUCGGUAAAGUAACCGUCUGUUCGAAUCCCACACCGUCAGUUCUUGAUUUCAACUUGCCUUCCAUCACAAUCUCAAAUCUCAAAGAAGAAGUCACCUUCACCAGAACCCUCACUAACGUUGGACCACUCGAGUCGGUCUAUAAAGUAUCGGUCGAGCCACCGUUGGGCGUUCAAGUUACCGUGACGCCAGAGACGCUAGUGUUCAACUCAACAACCAAAAAGGUCUCAUUCAAAGUCAAAGUGUCGACCACACACAAAAUCAAUACAGGUUACUACUUUGGAAGCUUGACUUGGCGUGACUCGGUGCAUAACGUUACAAUUCCUUUGUCUGUGAGAACACAAAUUCUGCAGAACUACUACGAUGAGAAUUGA